CUCAUCUUUGGCUUCGUCUCCGGUUGUCCUUUUCCUUCUUCCCGUUUCCUUCUCGACGUACCACAAUGCUCGAUAGUGCCGCCGGUUAGGGCAGCAGACCUGCAGCCCUCUCCUCCUCCCGCUAGAGUUCCUAGGGCUGGUCGCUUCGUCUCCGUCAUUGCGCCUUCCCCUUUUCUCAAUCUGAGGGGUGCGUUUUCCCGGAGAGAAACCCAUCUGGGGCUUUCGGAGGCUUCGUGAAAUAAAUGUUCGAACUUUGGGGCAGUUGGAGUAUCUCCAAAACGUUCCGUGCUGUUUGGUUCGAGGGUCUCAAGCUCGGAUUUUUAGAGCGGUCUUUGGAGUAGGAUCGGAUUUGACGGCUUGUGUUUGGGGUUUCGGCCUGUUCUUUCCCCCGAUGAAAAAGGAUGUUGGUAGGUGGAUCAAUGUCACCGUAUCUUGAGUGAAUCUUUUUUGGAUCAUAAAGUGUUGGGAGGAUGGGAUUGGGAGCGGAGGAGGUUUGGCUAGCAGCGUGGGCAAGUGGUGGAAGAUCGAAGGAGGAGGAGGAGGAAAGGAAACAGAACAAGGGCGAGGAGACCCUGCGCUGGAUUAAGCUUCGCUCGAUGGGGGGUUGCAUGUCUUCCAAAGCCAAUGUGGACACGACGAUCAGGAGCGUCGGCACACCGCUUGGUAAUGUCUCGCUCGCUCAUGACUUUAACAUCGGUUAUGUGGCGCGUGAUAUCUUUAGUUUGGCUUUACAGGAUGCUGAUACCAAUUCUUCAUCUCCUUCUAAAGCCGUCGAUGAUCUGAAAUUUUCAUCCCACUUGCGAAAGUUCACCUUCAAAGAGCUGAAGUCUGCCACAAGUAACUUCCAACCGGAUGGCCUUCUCGGAGAGGGAGGAUUCGGCCGUGUUUACAAAGGAUGGAUCGAGGAAUAUGGAACAGCUCCCGUUAAACCUGGCACCGGACUUACUGUUGCCGUCAAGAUGCUCAGCCAUGAUCGAAUUCAAGGGCAUAAAGAGUGGCUUGCCGAAGUUAAUCUUCUUGGUGAUGUUCGACAUCCAAAUUUGGUAAAGCUGAUUGGAUACUGCAUCGAGGAUGAUCAGAGAUUGCUGGUGUAUGAGUUUAUGCAACGUGGAAAUUUGGAGAACCAUCUUUUCAGAAGAUCCCGGGAUUUGCCAUGGUCGAUUAGAAUGAAGAUUGCACUUGGUGCAGCAAAAGGCCUUGCUUUUCUUCACGAGGAAGCCGAGAGACGAGUAAUAUAUCGUGAUUUCAAGACAUCCAAUAUCCUAUUAGAUGCUGAUUUCAGUGCCAAGCUCUCGGAUUUUGGCCUCGCUAAAGCUGGUCCUGAGGGCGACAAGACUCACGUAACAACGAGAGUGAUGGGAACAUACGGAUAUGCAGCCCCGGAGUAUGUGAUGACAGGACAUCUGACAACGAGGAGUGAUGUCUACAGUUUCGGCGUUGUGCUGCUGGAGAUCAUGACAGGGAGGAGAACGAUGGACAAAAGACGACCGGCCGGGGAGCAAAACCUGGUGGAGUGGGCACGUCCAUACCUGGGAAACAAACGACAGUUCUACAGGAUUAUAGAUCCUCGUCUGCACGGCAACUUCUCCGUCAAGGGAGCUCAGCAGGUGGCGCAGUUGGUGCAGGCUUGUGUCGGUCGGAACGCCAAGGCUCGACCGCUGAUGAGCGAGGUGGUGGAGGUUCUCAAACCUCUGGUCGAUCUCAACGACAUCGCCAGCAGCUCCUCCUCCUUCCGGGCCAUGACGAAGGAACGCGCUGCUUCGAUUGCCGCCUCCCACCCGAUCGAGUGCAACACACAGCAGCCGAAGAGGAGCAGCAUCUCGCGUGGCUCUUCCCCGUAUCCCCACCCGAUGAGGAGCUUGUCGCAUGGCAGUGAACCAUAGGGAUCGAGCAUGCGUGCUUUCUCAGUCACAUCGAGGAACUCGGGACUACAAUUGAGCAUUUGUAUGUUUACUCUCUCGGAUUAGAUUAAACAUGGCAUUACAAACAUUG